ACCGUUACAACAGCCAGUUGAUUCGAAGCGGAGCGAUUCGUGGAUUCGUUGUCAUCGUGUCGUCGUCGUUUUGUCGUUGAUUUCCGUUUGUGCAUGCAGAUAAAGUCAGGUCUUAACUUGAUUCUGGGCCCAAAAUCGAAAUCGAAACCAAAGUGGGCUAAUGGAAAAUAAACAAACAAACAAAGCUCGAAUUUUGUUUGCCGCGCAUUAAAAAAAAUCUAAAACCUUGCCAUCUAAUAUUGGUGGUAAUAAAAAUGUGUAUUACCUAAGAAAAACAAAAAUAAUUCAGUGCGGUUAUAAAAUACGAAAUAUUUAACAAAAUAGUUGCAAAAAGUCAACAGAAAAGUGCAAAGAAAUUAAUCUGAAGAAAACCGAGAUAAACAAAGUAUUUGGUGCGACCUAAAGUGAUUUUCUCAGCGUGUGUCUUCGGGAUAUAAGCGAAAAACCAGCAAAAUUUACUGCUUUGGAAACUCCGCUCUCAACAUAAGCACCAACAACAACACCAUCAACCCCCCCGGCGGCAGCAGCAUCAACCUCCAGAUUCAGCACCACCAGGCUCAGCACCACCCCCAAAACAGUGCGAGAAUGCUGUUCGAGAAUCCGGCGGUUGCGGCCAAGUUGCCCUUUCCGUACAACGUGCCCCCGCCCCUGCAGGCGGCGGCGGCAGCAGCGGCGGCUGUCCCAAAUCUAAGGUUUCAGACACCCAUUAAAGCGUUUGCCUGCCUGACAGCAGCCACAAGGUCAGUAUCGGAGAUGAACGCCACUUCUCUAUAUGCCGGCAAUCCCAUGGAGAACGCGGCCGCAGCAGCCGCCGCCGCAGCAGCUGGCUUGAUUGAUCCGCACCACAAUCGCGAUCUGCACCAGGCGCUGGUGGCCUCGAUAGCCAAUAAUAGUGUGGCCGCCAUCGGCGGUGGCCUGACCACAGCGGCAGUCUUGAAGAGUGCCGCCCAGCAGUCCCAGCAGGCGGUGCAACAGAACCAGAACGCGGUGGUGGUGCCACCCGGACUGGAACAGCCCAAACAGGAACCAGCCCAACAGGCGGCACUGGCGCUGCUCAAGGAGAAUGUAAACGCCUCCGCCGGAGCGGGACAGAACAACGGUCAGGCGGCCAUGGGGGGCAGCAACAAGAGCGGCUCCUCCGGCAGAUCCACGCCCAGCCUGAGCGGAGGCAGUGGCUCCGAUCCGGCACCCGGCAAACUCUUUGUCGGCGGUCUCAGCUGGCAGACGUCGUCCGACAAGCUCAAGGAAUACUUCAACAUGUUCGGCACCGUCACCGAUGUGCUCAUCAUGAAGGAUCCCGUCACCCAGCGCAGUCGCGGCUUUGGUUUCAUCACAUUCCAAGAACCCUGCACCGUGGAGAAGGUUCUCAAGGUGCCCAUUCACACACUCGAUGGCAAGAAGAUCGAUCCCAAGCAUGCCACCCCAAAGAACCGACCUCGCCAGGCCAACAAGACCAAGAAGAUCUUCGUGGGCGGCGUCUCGCAGGAUACAUCCGCCGAGGAGGUCAAAGCAUACUUCAGCCAGUUCGGACCCGUCGAGGAGACGGUUAUGCUGAUGGACCAGCAGACGAAACGCCACCGUGGCUUCGGAUUUGUCACCUUUGAGAAUGAGGAUGUGGUCGAUCGUGUCUGUGAGAUUCACUUCCACACCAUCAAGAACAAGAAGGUAGAGUGCAAGAAGGCACAGCCAAAGGAAGCAGUCACCCCGGCUGCCCAGCUCCUUCAGAAGCGCAUUAUGUUGGGCACCCUGGGCGUCCAGCUGCCUACAGCUCCUGGCCAGCUCAUUGGAGCCCGUGGUGCCGGCGUGGCCACCAUGAACCCACUGGCCAUGCUCCAAAAUCCCACACAGCUACUGCAAUCACCGGCAGCUGCCGCUGCCGCCCAGCAGGCCGCCCUCAUAUCACAGAACCCAUUUCAAGUACAAAACGCCGCUGCGGCAGCCUCGAUUGCCAAUCAGGCUGGCUUCGGCAAGUUGUUGACCACAUAUCCGCAGACUGCGCUGCACAGCGUCAGAUAUGCACCCUACUCGAUCCCCGCCAGCGCCGCCACUGCCAACGCCGCCUUGAUGCAGGCUCAUCAGGCGCAAAGCGUGGCCGCCGCUGCACAUCAUCACCAGCAGCAGCAACAGCAGCAGCAUCAUCACCAGCAGCAGACCCACAAUGCCCAUGUGGCCGCCGCCCAGCAGCAGCAGCAGAGCCACCACAACGCCGUCUCGAAUCCCGCUUCGCAGGCGCACUCGGCAGCAGCGGCUGCCGCCCUGGCGGCCAAUGCCGCGAAUGGAGCAGGUGCUGCUGGAGCUCACAGCCUGGCCGCUGCCGCUCAGCAAGCUGGCUUAAUGGCCGGCAAUCCCCUGAAUGCCGCUGCUGCCGCCGCCGCCGCUGCUGCCAAUCCGGCGGCUGCCUACUCCAACUAUGCGCUGGCCAACGUGGACAUGUCCAGCUUCCAGGGCGUCGAUUGGAGCACCAUGUACGGCAUGGGCAUGUACGUCUAAGACGCGGGUUUUGUUUGGUAAUUUGAAUGAAACACUCUCACAAUGCAUACACCAUUCACAACCACCCAUACACCCACUACCACUACCACAUUUGAACUGCAGCCCUAGUAAUAGAUCCAUACGAAAUCCACAAUGCCCCCACAUCCAUUAACAUUCAUAGAAUCACACACAAACACUCAUACGAAGUUGGUUUUCCUUUGAGUUUGGCUAAGUUAGUAGUCCGAUACACGGAAGGCAAAUUAAGUAUUAUAUUUAAGGCGCCCACGGGCGAGUUCGAUAAAUACUAACUAAUAUAUAUAUAUAUAUAACAAAUCAUAAGCAAUAUAAGCGAGAAAUCAAGAACAAAAACGGAAGCAAAGCAAAGCGAAAUCAAGGAAAAACUAAAUUCAAAACCAAAAAGCAAAAAUUACGGAGCGUUAGAGAAGCAAAAGAACGAAGGAAAACACAUUAAAAAACCACCGAUUGUGAUUGCGUUUAAAUGUAGCCGUUAAUAUAUAAUUUUUAGUGCAUAAAAGAAAACCAUUAAACCUAAAUUAAAAUAAACCUAAAUAAAAACUAAACGUAUAUAUAAAUAUACAUACAUAUUUAUAAAAUGCAAGAGCAAGGAAUGAAUCUUAUAAGUUAACUCACGCUCGUAUAACCAAGAAUGGCGCUCACUAAUUAAAAAGAUCGAAAAAUUGUUCUUUUUUUGGAGCCCUAAAUUCAGCUGAAAUGAAUGAGAAACUCCUGCAAGGGCAGUAUUAAUUAAUUGAAUGAAACAGCGAAGGAAAACGUUUUGCUCAAGACAAAGAACUAUUAAUUAUUGUUUAAAUCAGCGAUGAAACCCUAGACGUUUAGUUGAGUUCGAAUUUAAUUCACCCAGCAUAGAAUACAACAACAGAGUUAACCAAUCACUAACGAACAUCACCAACUCACCAACACGAAAACUCCUAUAUCCUCCUACCUUCUAUCUACCCCAAUCUGUUCUUGUACUUAAUAACAAUUACAAAUACCACAACAAACAAACCAAAAUAACGUUGUGUUUUAUGUGUGCGACUCUUUUUUGAUUUAGUUCUAUAACUAGUUUAGUCUGCACUCAAUCUCAAACAUUUGUAGCAAGUAACUAAAUAACCAUUUGUUGAACAUUUUGGCAUUUGCAUAUUCUUAUUAUACUUUCGAGUGACGAAAAGUUCUCAAGGCUAGCGGCUUCAUUUAUAAAUCCUAAGAUAUUUAACGGAGAACGAGUCCUUAGGGCACUACUAAUACUUUAGAUCCUUCGACCCAUUUCCGAAUCACCAAGUCUUUCAUUUGCAUAACCAUCCAAACAGCUCAUGAACCAGGUAACAUAACUUUACUGUAGCUUAUUGUUUUAAAUGGCACAAUCUUAGUUAUUAAUAUUAUUUUGUAAUUACCCUUAUCUGUAGCAUUUGCAUUUGAUUUUGCAUUCGGCAAAUACUUCACCCAUUGAAACCAAGAAAAUGAUCGAAUUAAGAAGAAACCCGGGGCAGAUGCUCCUGGAUAGUUAUGUAUUUGUCUCAUUUGAAUCGCUUGCAUGCUUGAAGUUUAAUUUUAGUUACUAGUUAUCAUUUGGAAAGUAAUAUUUUGCGUAUGUAUAUAUCUAGUUUAUAUACACCCACACACACACAUUAUAUGGAAAACAAUGAAACAUUUGAAGCAAUUUUUGUGUUUAAUAAAAACCAACGAACAAAACAACAAACAACUUUGCCAUGAGUUGAGCAAACAUUUGUGUUUUCUUAUGAUUUGAUUAAUUUGAUUGUACAUAUACUUGACCACAUUUAUCUGUAUUAUUUGAUUUGAUUUGAUUUAUCUCGUAAUCCACACACUUUUGUAUCUGUUGUUGUGCUGUGCUGUCUUUCUCUCUAUUAUCUGUUAUCUGCUCCUCUUAGCCAUGUGUAGAACUUAUUACAUUUCGAUGCAUUUGCCAGUACCAAAAAGUUAACGAUUGUGCGAUUGUGGCGAAUUGUUUAUAAUUCCUGUAGAUUUUCGAUAUCGACUCGGGGGGUGAGUAUGAUGUAAUAUUGUUUCGUACGUAUACCAAAGAUAAUGCAUAUUAACCAAAAUUCAUUUUACAUUUGCUGGGCCGAAGUCGAGGCUCAAAUCCCACAUCUCCAUCUGCAGAAACUAAUUUAUUUAUUUAUUGUUUACGCUUAAGAAUCUAACACAUUCCAGACAUGCUAUGGUGCCAUUUACUUAUCCAUAUUAAUAUUUAUAAUUUUUGUAACUCGUCUGUCAGAUCUCGAUCUCAGAACAAUUGCUUUUAGCAUAAGGUUGAUUUUACCCUGCCAAUUCAAGAUGAUUCUUACGAAUUCCUUUCUUAUUGACUACACACACACUUUGUUCUAUUGACAUUAUUUAUAAAGAAACCAAAUAAAAAUAUUUAUAUUUGAUUACUGCAUUUUCCAUUUAUUUCUAUUAGCCGAUUAGGCAAGAAGUCAAAAAAUGCUCCCAUAGUUGCCUAAGUUCAUUGUAGUUCAUUUGGAAUAACUUAUAGUUUUUGUUUACUUAUCCGUAUGCUUCAAUAUUCAUUCAGAGCGACAAAGUGUCGGCGAAUUACUUAGAUAUUUGUAAUCGUAACAGUUUCAACAGUCUGAAUUCGAUAUAUCUUAUAUCCAAUGAAAUGUUUUAUUUCCCAUUCUCGUACCAAAGAUAUAUACCCAAAGUAGUAGCUUGCUAAUUUUGAUAUAUAGUAAACAGAUCGAACAUACGUAGCUCUAUAAAAUAUAUACAUAUACAUAUAUCUACUUUUUUGUUACCAAUGUUAAUACUAAAAAAUUUGCUCAAAAUGAAGGACUGGUUGAUAUGAAUUGAAUUAUUAAUUUAAUUUUAAAGGAAAAAUGAACGUAUUACCGACCAGUCCUAAACAUCCAUAGAAUUUUAAAAUAUAAUCUGUAUUUUUUAACUUGUUUACGUGUGGUUAGUCUCAUCAAGAGUUUUAAUAUAUACUUAGUUUUCAAGCAUUAUUUAUCGGGCCAAAAACUACAAAAGAACUUGCUGUAAUAUAGUAACAACAUUACACACUCCGAAUUGGACAUUAUCAUUUCGUUCUACUUGUAGGUUUACAACCAACUUUUUGACAUACAACAUGUUUAGAUAACCAUAGUUAAUUAAACCUUUUUAAUAGAUAUAUACACCCAUUUAUAAAACAAAGCGCAUGAUGAAACAUGUACAGUAGUCAAUUGAGUAAAACCUUUAUAUAUACAACGGCAAUCUCAUAUCAUCUGUCACAGUUGAAAUCCCAGCCGAGAUUCCUGAAGUCCCCCAUUAGGAAGACAUUAGCAUUAACUACUUACAUACCUACAUCAACACACAUACAUCAUAUGACAAUAAGAUCAACUGUGUUUCAGCAUUCAAGUGUCAGUAUUCGUAAACCAAAUUACCUAACAAACUGAGAAAAGUACUUAUACUAUGCAAUCGACAAGGAAACCAAUCCUAGGGAACCUUUUGGAUUUGGAUUCGGAUCGAGCAGCGUUUUAGAAAUUGAAAUAGUUGGAUUAGAUAGCCUUUGAAACAUGUUCUCUCGCGGAACUACAUACAUGUAUAGUGGCGAAAACUUUAUAGAUAUUUACAUGCAUAUAUACAGAUAGAACAUAUACGAUGAUAUUUAGCAAGACCGUGAUAUAUUCAAUUAGUAAAACCAAAACAAAAAAUUAUAUAUUAUAUGUAUAUAUCAGUUAUACGAGUAUAUUGAGGCGUCUCUCAAAAUGUGUCAAAUUGCAUACUUAGAGUAGAAUUUUUGGUAUACCCAGAGAAAACCAGGGAAUAAAAAAAAACAAGUAAACAUUUCAUCAACUGUUGUUGUGAAGGCUACAAAACAACGCAUAUCACUUUGAUGGUGUCAGAUCCAAAAGUUUUCGAGAUUUACCCAUGAAAACCAAACUGAAUUUACGAAAAUAGGUUUGCUGAAGAAUUCUCCAGAAAAUAUGUUGAACCGAUCAACGAAAUCUUGAAAACAGCGCAAGCAAGUAGUUUUCAUUUUGGAUAUGGUUUUAGAUAACCGAGCACGAGUGCAUCCAAUAUUGUUGAUUUGAGUGACUGAUGAGGACCAAAUUUGUAGUAAAAUUCAGAAAUCAGGUUAUUAGAUCCUAACAUAACGAAAGUGUAACCCAAAGUUAAAUAGUUUACUUAAAGUAUUUUUAUUUCGAGACCUGGCAUUUUUUGGCUUCUUGCUUAUUGUUUGGCGUUCCAAUAUUGUUUUUUAUCAACCAAGCGCUAUGAAAAAUAAAAAACACCGACACUAAUACAACCAAACACACACCAACACACUCAACAAGCUAGUCAAUUGAUGUGCAUAGGCACAAAAUAAAUCUUUACAAACAAAUGAAAAUGGUGGUAAGUACGAAGCGAUAAACCAACCAUAAAUGUUUAAGUGAAAAUGCAAACCAAAAAUCGAACGUACACAAUAAAAUCUAAAAGCAAUUAUUUCCCUUACUAAUCCUGGGAAAUAUAAAAACAACAAAACAUAUAAAUCACAUUGAAAAUGCUCUAAGAAAACAUUAAUUUAAGCUUAAACUUAAGUCAAGGUGUUACAUAAUUUCGAAGCAAUGCGUACAAGUAUUCAAGAGAUACUUUGACGAACAAGCUAUAUAUAUUUAUCAAUUGCUAAAAUUAUAUUUAAAUUCAUAACAUAUUAUUAAGAAACAGUGAAUGGCUACUUUUGCUCAUUUCAAAUGCUUAACAAAAUGCUAAGAUCAAAGACAACAAAAGUCAGAUUCGAAAGUGUUUAAGUGUUAAGCAGGUAAAAUUCAAAAAUACUAAAAAACAAAAAAUAUAUACAUAUAUAUUUAAAAAAGGAACAUGUUUUCUUAUAUAGCAUGGAAGGAUGAUUACUUCUACUGGCUCGUAACAUAUCAAUUCUACUGAGCUGUAUUUUGAAAAGAUAAGAAAAGAAAAGAAAAUCGAAACGAACGAAUUCAACACCAAGUUCAAUUGAUACAAACGUGGUUUUUUAUUAACGCUAAAUACAAUAACAAAAAUUGUGAAGUAAAUACUCCAACACAGAGGUGAGUAAAUUCGCUAACGAAAUUUUAACAGAAAGCCUUGCUAAGACUUUCCUAAACGAAAACAUAACUUAGACUCGUCUUCCAGCAACUAAUUGACAUGAAAAAGUUCUUACACCAAUAAUGACAACGGCAGAAAUUUUAGGGAUAAUAAAAUUCGGUUAUGUUUGAAUCCAAAGCCCCCGAUGAUUUCCAAACAACUUCAUUGGGCAGACCAGCUCAGCUUUUGGCUAUACUUGUUACACGUAAUCAAUCAGUACAAUUUUUGCAACGAUGAAUUUUAAACGAAAUCGCCCAUUUGAUUAAUAAAUGGCUUAGAACCUUGAUUUCAUUUUUGGUUUUUGAGAUCCCCAAACUACAGAUCGUUUCGACCUAUUCAUAAGAAAAAAUCGCAGACGUGUGGAAAGCUCUUCUAACUAACUGUUGUAAAUUUGUUUCUCCAGAGAUUGGAAUUAUGGUCAAGAAAGGAUAAAACCAAACUAUAUAAACGAUAAGCAAGUGCAUUAUAUUGAACGAUUUGGUAAACACAAAGGUUAGCCAUAAGUUUUCAUAUAAAUAUAUACAUAUACAUAUAUAAACGAUAUAACUUUUAGGCCAUAAGCAAACCAGUAUGAAACCCUUUGAAUUAAGUUUGGCUUGGGCUGAGAAACGUAUCCAUAGUUCAGAAAGUAUAACAGCCAACCUUGUAUACAUUUGUUUCCGAAAUGGUUAUUAUUUGUUUAGCCUGUAACAAGAAACGGAUAUAUUAUAUACAACACCUGUAUCUUGUAACUGUAACACGUAACUGCUGUCGCUCUACUUCUCGCUCUAUACUUGUAGCGAUGUUUAGACACUAACAUAUAUAGUGAAACACCAUAUAUAAUUCUUUCGAUAUAUACAAAGGACAUGUAAACGGUAUUUACUCUUUUAGCCUAUAAAAACCACCAGAAUCCAAACCGAGAAAUUCGAAAAUCAAACAAAUUGCUGACGAAAAUGUAAUGUGAACAACCCUUUGUGUAAUUUUCCUAUUGAAAUACUUCUUGGCAUAAAUCCCUUUUUGAAUUGAAUUGAAAUGAAUAAAUGAAAUGUGAAAAAAAACCAUUUUACAUAUAGAACCUUUGAACUAUGUGGCAUACGAGUAAAAUAACAUCUGGAAAAGUAUAUCUGUAAUUUGAAAGUAGUUUGCACGAAAUAAUAUUUUCUUGUACAAUGCACAAAAAACGAAAAAUAACAUAUUGUAUUGUUAAUGUUUAGCGUAAGAUUAGCUGUAAUUAAACAAAUACUCCUACAUUCGUAUGGUACUAAUUAGUUCAUAGUUGACUUAGAAACCACCGGUCAUAUUAGACUUUGUAAAAUGUACUAGUAAAACGUACUCUCCGUUACGAACUUGGUACCACGUAAUCGUAAAAGUAAUGGUAUAUAAUUGAUACUUAGAAAUAUCGAUAUUGAUUAUACAAUUUACUCCAUUCUUUGUAGAUUCUGAACUUUAAUUUGAUUUUAUUAAAUACCUCCGGUGCUAAAA